GUGUAUCGCUCCUCGGGCUCGACUCUCCAGAUGGGCAGGAGUUGUUCUCCCGAAUUGCAAACCAUCAGACUGCGGGCGAUCUGGUUGAGGCGUGGUCUCUCCAACUCUGGGAGCGUGGCUAUCGGUCCUUGUGCGAGCAGCUGUCGGGGUACUUUUUACUACACAAUGUCCUGACCGACAUCCCGCCUAGAUUCUACACUGCUCUGGGUCAGGAAUGGCGCAUCACGUGGGCUGAGUUUAAGAAUGUCAUGAGGGCCUGGCUAGGUGAUUCACCAGCCCCGGCACUACCUGCCCUUGAUCAAGUACCUGCGGUAAGUGUUGAACCGGGCCCUCCUGGGCGACUAUCGGAGCUUCUGAGGGCCCGCUCCCUCUCGCCGAGAGACGGCCCCCUGUUGGGGCGCCGAACUGAUUUAAUCGACGGUGCAACAGAUGCACGUGUCUUUCCUACGAUUCUUUUGCCUUACACUUUUCCUGCCUUCCAAGUCGGAUCGGCUUCACCUCUGCAGCUUCAAGACCAGCCUGAGUGUGCCUAUAUGGCUGCCCGGUCUACACUGUAUGCACUUGGGCAUCAGCGAGCUCCUCUGCAGCCCGCCGAGCUCACGAUGUGCCACAACUUAGGAUCAGGGGACGUGCCCACCAUCGCGGGGCAGGUCGUCUUCCGCCAGCAGCUGUGGAGAGGACUCGCCUUCCCCGCAAACGAGCUCUACGGAGAGCCAUUGGUCGAGCUGCCCGUCCUGGCCCCCGGCCCGCAGAGCGGAGCCGGCCUGGAGACGCUGACAUCAAGCACGGAGGCGUGGCUAGAGGUGCAGAUCUGGCUGCAUGAGCAGGAGGAGCAUGAUGUCAUUUUGCUUCAGGAGACCCAUUGGCGGUUUACCAGCUCGUGGAAUGUCCUUCUGGUCGGGGGCGACUUCAACUCCAUGGGCACCCGAGACUCCAUGCCCUUUGGACCUGGCACGUAUUUAGGUGUGCUUGCACGGACCCCUUGUUUCAUCUUCUGCGCCGGCGUGGAGGUGCCCGUGUCAGGAGAAUCUCUGGCCCGCGCGCCGACUUACCAGCUAACUCCGCCUCCGGAGCGCGUACAGGCGUUUUGUGAGCACCUGGCAAGCAUCCUUUCUGCCCCGAGCGAGCCAUCAGAACUUGAUCAUGCUUUGCAACAGGCGGCGGCCAAGCACCUGCUUCCUGUCCAGCCGAGGGCUCAUGGUGAUUCCGUCUUAACAAGGGUCACUGGUAUGGUAAAGCAGAUGUGGAACCUCAGGCAUACGGCCCAGCAAUUUGCCCUGGAGGUCCUACGACCCUUCACCAUCGUCGCGCAAAUUCGGCACUGGCGAGGCACUGGGGAGCGUCUCUGGUAUACGCUUGGGCAAUUGCUCUCUGCCUGGAGACACCAGGCUGCUUACCUGAGACAGCAUCGCCAUCUCAGGCGCAGGGGACGUCAAGCGAAGAAGGAGCUCUUGGAGGAACAGCUCCAGCAGGCGUGGGAGGCGGACCGACAAGGCGAUAAGUCCUCCAUUUGGAAGGUAGUGAACAAGUUAGCUCCGCGCACGGCGAGGGUGAAGAUCCAAUUACGUGGGGACAAGGGAGGCUUGCUCACACCAGUUGAGGAGGCUGAGCGGCUUAGAACUUACUGCGAAAAAAUCUAUAAAUUACCGCCACCUCAACAUUCUGAUUCCAUGGCCACACCUUCUCUUGUGUCAUCACCCUCACCACCGGAUGGCGCACACCCUGCCUCUUCGCUCGAUACUCUGCCUGCCGUGCAACCUCCCGAUUACGCCUCUGAUGCGCUGGUUGCCCUCCAGCCCGCUCCCGGCCCUCUUGAGGUGCCGCACCUUACGGAGGCGUUGUCAUUGCUACCGGCGCGCAAAGCCACUCCGCCUCAUCUUGCGCAGCUCCAUCUGUGGCAUCUGGGUAAAGAGGCUCUUCUCCCGCAUCUCGCUACUCUCUGCAAACGACUCUGGCGAUCACCUCACCAGUUCCAUCAGCUCUGGGCAGAUGCCUGGAUCGCGUGGCUUGCAAAGCCCGGCAAGGCCCCGGACCAGCCCGAGAACUUGCGGCCUAUCUCCCUCACUGAGGGAGGAGGCCGUAUAGUCGUUAAGGCACUCACUCUCCACCUGCGUCCGUCCCUCACCGAGGCGACGUGGUCCUGGCCACAGUACGCUUAUGUACCAGGACGUAGCAUUGAACAUGCGAUAGUCCGCGCUCUGCAUCACUGUAGCCGUGUUCAAGCUGCCAUCGCGUCCCAGCGUGUCACCCUGCAGGAGCGAAGGACCACUGGACGCACUCCCACCACCUGUCAAGGAGGAGUCACAUUGUCUAUCGACACCAGCAAAGCGUUUGACACAGUCGAUAGAGGUGUUCUUGAACAGGAGCUUAAAACGGCCCGCAUUCCGGAGCCGGAACUCACUCUAAUUAUGUCCUUGCAUCAAAACAUUGGAUAUUGGCCGGCAGGCCCCGGGUCCGAUGUCCGAGUCUCUAGUGAGAGAGGAGUGCGACAAGGUUGUCCUCUUGCCCCGAGUCUAUGGACGCUUGUCACGGUUGCUCUACUCCGUGCUAUGGCGGGCGCUGAUUCUCUUGCCUGGAUACAGGAUGACACAACCAUGUUCGCGGAUGACCUCCUUCUCCAAUGGGAGUAUACUAGUAUCCCGGAACUUGAGCGUAUGCUCUCUACCAUCCAAGAAUGCUUUCGGGUGCUUGCGCGUCUAGGCCUUCAGGUACAACACCGCAAAACUCAGCUGCUAGUAGCCCACAAAGGUCGCCUGGCGCAUCGAUGGUGGCAGAUGCACACGGCCUCCACAACGGAGGGCCGGUUUCUUCGCAUUCCACAGCCGAAUCAAAAGGACUUGCGACUUCCCAUUGUCACCCAACUCACCUACCUAGGCAUCGUCCUUUGA